GUCACACUGUCUGGAUCGAGAUUUCAACUCGUCAACAAUUGCGCACUAAAUUUUCAGUAAAAACAAACAGAGACGAACGUUCCGAGGCAUUGAAAACUAGUUUAAAUACAGAGCAGCCAUGACAAUUUUGGGCAAAUUGCGGGGGGAGAUCACGGACCAGGAGAAGGUGCCACUGCCGAUGAACCUCAACGAUGAGACGCUGAUGCAUCAUGGCUCCCUAAUCGCACCCAAGGUGGCUUACAGCGACAAUGAAGCCGAUGCGGAAUCGAUGGUCUUCAAUAGGCCCCAGCACCAUUGCCUCAAGUCCUUUCUGCUGUUCCUGAUCGCCGUGGUCGUGAUGCUCCUGGGUGUGUUGGGCGGAUGGACCCUAUAUCGCGUAUACGCCCCAUCGCACGGAAGCAUGAGGUACCACGCCCUGUGCGAGAUUCCCUAUCCAGAGGACUCGAUGGAAAUGGCGCGUGUGUAUCCACGCUCCGAUGGACCCUUCGCCUUGAACUGGCGCUCCCUGCUGCCCGACUUUGGACCCCCGAUGACAAACAGUGAAUCCCUCGAUGACAACUACUUCCGCGAGGACAUCGAGCUGGAUGGCGAUAGCGAUGAGGAGGGAUACGCCCGUGUGGACGUGCCCGACUUCAAGGAUGGACGGCGAGGUCGUUUCAUGCACGACUUCAAGGAGAAUCAGUCGGCCAUUAUCGACACCACCACUGGCAGGUGCUUCAUCAUGCCCUUGGAUCGGGAUACCACUCUGCCGCCCACCAGCUUUGUGGAUCUCAUGAAGAAGAUGAGCACUGGCUACUACAACAUCGAUACGGAGCGCGUUCGGCGCCAGAUGCGCGUGGUGACGCCCCGCAUCACCGAUCUCUCGCUCAUCUCGGAGCGAAUUGCCAACGAGUGCUACGACAUGAAGGUCUACAUGAUGGAGAAGUUCGUCUCGGGCAUUUCGAAGAGAUCGGCUGAUCCUCUGCCUGAUUCCGGCAAGUACGCCGAGUUCAUGGGCAAGGGAGUCAUCGAGUACGAUUUGGCCAAUAUUGCCGAAGUGGAGGCCUAUGAGGCAAAUGAGGCUAACCAACGGGCCUGAGCAUCCAGAGAGGAGGAUCUUUUAAGCUACAACACCCCAUAUUGAAUACACAACCUAAAGAAAUUAUUACUUAGAAUCGAUUUAUACAUAUAGCGAAGAGAAGCGAUGAGAUCUGUUCGAAGCCAUGCCUAGAAGUGGUCUAGAUCUGGUUUAACACUGGUUAGCAGGACACGUGCACCCCACUCCGGGUGGAUAUAUAUCAUCAUUGGCCAAGUUAAGCGAAUCAUGGACGACGACCCUAGUAAAGAAGCGUAACGAAAAUGUACCUAGAACGCAAUCAAAGCGAUCGACGAAAUUGUGACAAAUACGAGCAAUGUAUUAGCCUCGGGUGCGGAAUUAAAAUUGAGAAGAGAUUGGAUCAGAUUAGAGAUUGCUACAACACACACACACUCACACAGACACACUGCGGCAUUCCAAGUACAUAUUUUAUAUAUAUGCUCUUAAACUAUUCUAACAAUUAAUGUAUAGAACGGAUUCAGAUCGAAGCUAUUUACAUGGAAAAACCAAAACCAAAAACCCAACCAGGAAAAACCGAAAGAGGAACGGAAACUAUCAGCAUGCGUCGAGUGGGAGAGAAACAAAUUAAUCUAAAUGUUCUUUAAAACUACUUAAAUGUAUUAAACGCGAAUUUGUGAUCUUUA